AUGGGACAGUGGGAUGAUUCUUUAAGACCCGGGGUGGACCCCAAAGGCUACUUGGAGAUCGUCAGCACUACCUGCUCUAAUCCAAGGCAGGGGGAUAUCGUCUGGGUUUCAUCAGGCCAGAUGAUCUCCAUCCAACUGGUGGGGCAGGCCAGGGACCCAGAGGGGAAGAAAGACAGAAAACCCACAAGAAGAUACCAUGACUCACGCACCAGAACGGACACAGAGUCUCGCCAAUUGGGGUCGCCGCCACCGAGGCCCCGCCCCACCCUGGCCGCCGCAUCCAAUGGAGCGCCGGCUCGCUCAGGCACCGGGGGCGGGGCGCAGGCGCGCAGGUGCAGCUGCGCGCAAGCCGGCCGGGAGGGCGGGGCGCGACGUCGGCCGUGCGGGGUCUCGGCGUCGGCGGCGCGCGCGCUCCCUCCUCUCGGAGAGAGGGCUGUGGUAAAAGCCGUCCGGAAAAUGGCCGCCGCCGCCGCUGCCGCGCCGAGCGGAGGAGGAGGAGGAGGCGAGGAGGAGAGACUGGAAGAAAAGUCCGAAGAGCAGGAUCUCCAGGGCCUGAAGGACAAACCUUUGAAGUUCAAAAAGGUGAAGAAGGAUAAGAAAGAAGACAAAGAGGGCAAGCAUGAGCCCCUGCAGCCAGCAGCCCACCACUCUGCCGAGCCCGCAGAGGCUGGCAAAGCAGAGACCUCAGAAGGGUCAGGCUCGGCCCCAGCCGUGCCAGAAGCUUCUGCGUCCCCCAAGCAGCGGCGCUCCAUCAUUCGCGACCGGGGCCCCAUGUACGAUGACCCCACUCUGCCCGAAGGUUGGACCCGAAAGCUUAAGCAAAGGAAAUCUGGCCGCUCCGCUGGGAAGUAUGAUGUGUACUUGAUCAAUCCCCAGGGAAAAGCCUUUCGCUCUAAAGUGGAGUUGAUUGCAUACUUCGAAAAGGUAGGCGACACCUCCCUGGACCCUAAUGAUUUUGACUUCACGGUAACCGGGAGAGGGAGCCCCUCCCGGCGAGAGCAGAAACCACCUAAGAAGCCCAAAUCUCCCAAAGCUCCAGGAACUGGCAGAGGUCGGGGACGCCCCAAAGGGAGUGGCACCACGAGACCCAAGGCAGCCGCGUCAGAGGGCGUGCAGGUGAAAAGGGUUCUGGAGAAAAGUCCUGGCAAGCUGCUCGUCAAGAUGCCUUUCCAAGCUGCGCCGGGCAGCAAGGCGGAAGGGGGUGGGGCCACCACUUCGGCCCAGGUCAUGGUCAUCAAGCGCCCUGGCCGGAAGCGAAAAGCAGAGGCCGACCCCCAGGCCAUUCCUAAGAAACGAGGCCGAAAGCCAGGCAGUGUGGUUGCCGCCGCCGCCGCCGAGGCCAAAAAGAAAGCCGUGAAGGAGUCGUCCAUCCGGUCCGUGCAGGAGACCGUGCUCCCCAUCAAGAAGCGCAAGACCCGGGAGACGGUGAGCAUUGAGGUGAAGGAGGUGGUGAAGCCCCUGCUGGUGUCCACGCUCGGCGAGAAGAGUGGGAAGGGACUGAAGACCUGCAAGAGCCCAGGGCGGAAAAGCAAGGAGAGCAGCCCCAAGGGGCGCAGUGGCAGCGCCUCCUCGCCCCCCAAGAAGGAGCACCACCACCACCACCACCACGCAGAGCCCCCGAAGGCCCCCGCGCCACUGCUCCUGCCCCCGCCCCCACCCCCGCCUGAGCCCCAGAGCUCCGAGGACCCCGCCAGCCCCCCCGAGCCCCAGGACUUGAGCAGCAGCGUCUGCAAAGAGGAGAAGAUGCCGAGAGCAGGCUCGCUGGAGAGCGACGGCUGCCCCAAGGAGCCUGCUAAGACUCAGCCCACGCUCGCCACCGCGGCCCCGGCCACAGAAAAGUACAAACACCGAGGGGAGGGAGAGCGCAAAGACAUUGUCUCAUCCUCCAUGCCAAGGCCAAACAGAGAGGAGCCUGUGGACAGCCGGACGCCCGUGACCGAGAGAGUUAGCUGA